CACGCUGUUGAGAUGCAUUGUGGGAAACGUGUUCUAACCAAUCCAAACAUCCCAGAUUGUUGUAGCGAUGAACGCCGGUUGUGGGGGCAAGAUUCGAAAUACUUAACAUCUAAAACGAACAGACGAGAAUUAAAUGCUGCUUGUGUUGCCUUACAAGCCAGUUAUAUUGAAAUAGUAUUGAAUGUCAUGAGAGCAAGGCUGCAUGUGCCCUUAGCGACUUGCACGACUGUUGCUAUGGAGACUGUAAAUAGGAAGUAGUACCAAAGAUUCUCUGUAUUUAGAACGUCUCUGGUAGUACUAGCCAUUCUUUAGCUUUUGUCAUUUGAAAGAAGCCUUAUCAUGCCCACAGGCAUCCGAAAUAUAAGUGUACGUUAAUGUGCUUAAUUGUGUUUUGCAGAUUAUCUUUUGCCAGACGCCACUUUCUUCUGCUAAACAAAGUGCUGUUCCUUUUGAACACAAUUCAACAGAGAACAUUCUGCAAAGAGUUGGGGAAUCUGUGUGAGUUCUCAAAUUUCAGUUCCACAAAGAAAAGCGUUCACACGGCAGAAACAUGUCCUCGUUCGACAACCUGGGCGUUCUAAGGGAGCAAAACAAAAACCUGCUGAAACGACUGGAAGAACAGACCGAAAAACUCAACAGCCUUUGCCUGCGUAAGGACAAUGGGGUGACUGUUGAAGUAGCUCACAACAUGGUGCCACUUUCAGAGAAAAAUGGACAUGUUGUCACGAACGUUGUCGUUGGAAAGCACCCUACUUACGCACGCAUUGCUCUCAGCAAAUUACAGACACAAGUGCUAUCAUCUUCAAAGUCAUCGGUCAUGGCAUCAGAGUCGCCAGCAGAAGAGUGCAAAACAUCCACUCCUUGCUUGAGUGAUGUUCAGCAAGAACAGCCUGCCUAUGCCGAAGAAGACCGUGUGUACUCCAGGCUUUUGAAGGACUAUGGGAAUGUUAGGCAGUCGGCCCCACUGCACAACACAUCGUUGAAGUCCAUUCUCAGGCAGGACAGCUUCAGGAGGGAAGGUGGCCGGGUGACUUUUCAAUCCCUUGGAGAAACACUACCCCUAACCCCCGACAGGCACACGGUGCAGCCAUUACUGGGUUAUGACUGGAUUGCAGGACUCUUGGAUGCUGACAGCUCCCUCACAGAAAGAUCUGAACAGUUCUUCAGUGAAUUGCGCAACUUCCGUCAAGUCAACAGAGAGGAGUGCGUCCACAGUUUGUCUUCAGGCCCCUCAGGAGCUGUGAUAACAACCUCUCCUCUGAAAAUGAAUGAAACUACAACUGAAGGGUCGGCAGAUAGCCAUCAAUGCACAUUCUGCUAUCGCAUCAACAGUCGUCUGUUUGCCACCCCUCUGGAUCCCCUAGUUGGCUGUCCUGUGUGCAGGAUGCCCAAAUCCAAACAUCCCCACACCGUUUCUGAGCCUGCCUUCAUCAGGGUGAGCAUCCCUCGCUCCACCUUGUUGCCUGCCUAUCGCUACAAGGCCCAUCGGCGCUCCAGCUUUGACCCCUCAGACAGCAUGGGCCUCCCCUCACACUGCCUAUCUGGAUGGUCUAACACCGCUCCGAGUACAAUCCCACACAUGAGCAGCUUGGACCUGCGCAGCUCCAUGGCCUUUGCAACAGACCCCUUGGCCAAUCAGGAAGCUUCACUGGACCAAUCUGAUGACCCACUUGAGCUGUCUCGUCUGGCUCGUUAUCGUUUCCAGCACCGCCGCCAGACCCUUGUGAAGCUCUGACCGUCCUCCAUACCGGCUCUGUGGGUUUUCAGGAUUUUGUGAAACACUGUGAUCAAGUGACUGAACCAUGAGAAAGUCACAGCGGAUAAUAAUGGUUCCUUUCAAGCACAUACCAUUUGACUUAUUAUUUUUUACUAGUGCUGCUUUGAAUUUUUGAUGAAGGAUGUUAUGUUGCCCAGUCGCGCAAUGACUAGACCUGUAUCAUUUCUGUGUUAAUGUUUCCUUUCUAAUGGCAUCAGCGUUUUUAUAUCUGUGUUUAAUAAACUGAUGAACUUGA